AAACAUAGGAAAUAUAUUUUGAUUAGGAAAGAAAAUUUAUUUAGUAAUUUUUUUUUUUUAUCUAGACGAUACGCUUUUCCUGCAAAGCAUUACUUCAUCGUACCUAUAUUUAGAACAUUCAUUUUAGGAUAAAAAAAAAAAAUAUAUUUAUUCUAACGAAGCGUAAAUAUAUAUUUUUUUUUUUACCCAUUCGUAUACCUACGCAAGUACAUAUUUAUUUAUAUGUUCGCCUGACCUUUUGGAAAAAUUAAGAAUCAUUUUUUGAGAUUUCCAAGGAAUUAGAGAACCUACGAAAAUGCAGCCUUGCAAAGCCUUCCUCUUCACCUUCCUCAUUUGGGCCUGGGAAUAUACCAAAAAUGGUGACCUCAACUGCAACGGAGACAACGACGGUGUUCAGAACCAAUUCAGCGUAAGAGCCGGAAGAAUGCUCUACGAAUACGACCGCCUCCACAACGAAACUGACGGCAGCAUGACCUCCCUUGCGAGCGCUGACAGCAUCUUUAGCAGAAGCAGCGCCGGUAGUGCUGGUAGCGUCCUUAGCAGAAGCAGCGCGGGCAGUGCUGGCAGCGUCUAUAGCAAAAGCAGCGCCAAAAGAGCCUUCGGUAAUGACUUUGAAGGCUCUAUAGGUACCACCAGUCUUGAUGAUCUCAAAAGCGCAACAUCCUCAUCGAGCACCUUUAACGUGGACACUAAUAGCGAAAAAAGCUAUGAUGAUGAUGCCUCCGAGACUCAAUCGACGACAGAUGAAUCUAUCCUCGUUGACCUUCGAGAUGAUAACAGCGUUAGCAGUUACAACUCAGGUUCCACAGCAAAGAGCGACAGGACAGAUGUGACGAAAAGUUCCAGAGGUAGUACCAUGAGCAGCUCUACCAGGAGCAGCAGCGCCAAAAGCAAAAAGAGCAAACAGUACGACACCUCCUAUGAAGAUUUAGAAUCCGUAGCAGGAAAGGAAGUGAGACGAGCCAAGGAAAAGGCAAGAAGAAAAGAACUCUUAGAUGAAUCUACAAACAAUAUGAAAAACAGAGACGACGACAAUUACGAAGUUAGCCGUGAAGAAACACUCAGCAACAGAUUAAAGGAAUUAAACUCAUUAGAAAAAGAAGCCGUUAAAGAAGUCAUGAAAGGUUCCAAGAAAAGUAAAAGAAGAUCUAAACGAAGAGCAAAACGUGAAGGAGAAUUCUCAGGCUAUCUUCUGAACUACAAAAUCGCCCACAGAGAUGACGCAAAUUUUGAAGUUAACCAAAAUGAAAGAAUCCUAAGAAAGGUCAGAGAGUUUAAUGCAAAAGAUAGAGAGCAAAUGAGAAAGACCCUAAAUAGAAUUAGAAAAAAUGCUAAAAAUUCAAAUAUGGAAGAGUUAGAAGAUGAAAUUAAAUCCCAAUUAGAGAGUCUCAGAAAAUUUGUAAACCUCGAUAGUGACGAGAGCAGUUCCGUUGCUGGCAGCACGGAUGAAUCUGUUUAUAGCGAUGAAGAUGGCUCAUCCAUAUAUGUAGGAAAAAGCGGAGUAGAAACGUACGGAGCCAAGGAUAGAACCAAAAAUAACAUGACUGAACUUAGAUCCUACAUCGACCAAGCCAUGGAUCAGGAAAAUGCCGAAAUUGCCCACUUGUUGGUUAACAAAAUUGAAAAAUACAAAAACAAAGUUACCAAACUGAAAGAGAGAAACAAGAAGGAAGUCAAUUUCAUGAACAUGAGACACAAUCUCAAGUUGAAGAAGGUCCUCCUCUACGUCCCCCUCAUUUCCCUCCUCACGAGUGUCAUCCUAGGGUUGCUUCUCACUCAAUACUGGGCAUUACCAGUUAUCACUGCCUACUUCAUCAGCUUGUGCAGCUUCGUCUUGGGAACCCUCGUGUCUUAUGGAGUUAUGGGAAAGGUCAUGUUUAACUCCGCCUUCAAAGUGGUCAAUUUCCUCCUAGGAAAAAAAUCAAAAGUGAGUGCCGACUACGACGCACCCAGAAGAAAAAAAUUUAACUACUAA